UUUUAGAAAUCCAAUGGAAAUCACUGUGCGAUGAAUCUUGAUGAUAUCUCUUUGUUUACUUUUAUUUCCUGAGAUAUUAUUUUUAACAUUAAUCAUCUAAAAUCAUUUCAAGAAACUUUAUUUUAAAUUAUUUGUGAAAUUUAUUCUUUUUGAAUUUUGAAAAAGUUAAUUUUUUACGAUAAAAAUGGCGUGUAUCCCGCUUUCUUACUUGUUCGCCUCAUCAAUCGAUAACAAAAGUGUCAGUAUAUAGUAUAGUAAUUUGUGUGCUAAUUAUAACAAUUCAAUAGUGAACGAUACGCCAUCAGUCUUCCAAAAAAUCAGUGAAUUUCUUUGUCAUUCUAUUUAAAAUGAAUAUAAUACAGCCGGUCCAUUGAAAGAUGCUGACGUUCAUCGGUUAUAUAUAUAUGUGACACAAAAAUGAUGAUUCUUAAGACAUCAGGAAUGACGCGACCGGCACGAAGAAAAUGACUGACUUAUCAUUUAUGUCUUAUUUGACAAUUAUUUAUUGUGCUUACGUCAAAGUAACAAUUGAUUGUUUGUUCAGUUGAUAAAUGAUUACUAAUAAACAUUCUUGGAACAAAAGAAUUUUUAAAAACUUUUAUGGAGAUAGAAAAUUGAAUCAAGUAUUUUAAGUUUUGUGAAUUUUUAAAAAUAUAUAACCAUAAAGGCUGACCAAAAAAAAAAAAAUACAGUUUUAAUGUGAAAUGGGUAGUGCUUGGUGGCAGUGCACUGCUUGCUUAAGAGCACAAGAAGAAGAUAUUUGUGAAUUGCAAUUAAAUCAUUGCAAUCUUUACGAUGUUCCGCCCGAUGUGUUCAUCUAUGAAAGAACACUGGAGAUAUUAUAUCUCGAUGCCAAUAGAAUAAAAGAUUUGCCGAGACCAUUAUUCCAAUGCCAUGAAUUGCGAGUACUCUCCCUCAGUGAUAAUGAAGUUACUAUAUUACCACCCGCCAUAGCGUCAUUGAUUAAUCUAGAAUUGUUGGAUCUCAGUAAAAAUAGUAUAAAAGAGUUACCUGAUAGUAUAAAGGAAUGUAAAAAUUUACGUUCAAUCGAUAUCAGUGUCAAUCCAUUUGAACGAUUUCCAGAUGCAAUUACGCACAUUGUAGGUUUACAGGAAUUGUAUAUCAACGAUGCUUAUAUAGAAUAUUUGCCAGCGAAUUUUGGAAGACUCUCAGCUUUAAGAACACUUGAGCUUCGCGAGAAUAACAUGAUGACACUUCCAAAAAGUAUGAGUCGUCUUGUUAAUUUACAGAGACUUGACAUUGGCAAUAACGAUUUCACAGAACUGCCUGAGGUUGUUGGCGAUUUAAUAAAUCUAACGGAAUUAUGGAUAGAUGGCAAUGAUAUACGUCGUAUUCCAGGAAAUAUUGAACAGCUUUAUCAUUUAAAUCAUUUUGAUUGUACAAUGAACUCGGUAAAUGUAAUACCGUCCGAGAUUCAAGGCUGGCGAGAUGUAUCGAUAAUGAAUUUUUCAUCCAACGAAAUUUACGAGUUACCUGAUUCAUUAUGUUAUUUACGCACAAUAGUGACACUUAAAAUUGAUGACAAUCAAUUAAAUUCACUGCCAAAAGACAUUGGACAAAUGUCAAAUUUAGAAGAACUUAUAGUGACGAAAAAUUUCCUUGAAUAUUUACCGCCAUCAAUUGGUCUUUUACGUAAACUUCAUUGUCUCAAUACGGAUAAUAAUUAUUUACGUUGUUUACCACCUGAAAUUGGAAGUUGCACCGCACUAUCAUUAUUAUCAUUACGUUCAAAUAAUUUAACGAAAAUACCACCUGAAUUAGGUCAUUUAUCAUCGUUAAGAGUUUUUAAUCUCGUCAAUAAUUGUAUAAAAUAUUUACCUGUCUCGCUUCUUAAUUUGACAAAUCUUAAGGCUUUAUGGCUGAGCGAUAAUCAAAGUCAACCAUUGGUGCCACUACAACAGGAAUUUAAUUACGAGGAGGAUAUGAUGGUGCUCUCGUGCUUUAUGCUUCCACAAAAACCACGACAGGACCUUGAACGCGUAAUUUGCAAUAAAUUAUGUCUAGAAAUGGACCAAACAUUGGGAACAAUUUCCGGAUCUGUUGGCGGAUCCGGAAGAAGAAUAUGUUUUGCCGCUGAAGUCGAUUCGGAAUUACCGAGACAACUUCAUCGCGCACCAACGCCUUAUCCGAAGGAAUUGCGUAAUCUAGCCAGGCAUGCACGCAACUUGCAUCAUCAGACCACACAUGAUCAAAAGCUACAAGUAGAUCAAGGAGAUGUUAUAAAGGAAGCUAUAGUUGCAAAACCAAUGAUUCCAGUUGGCAACACUUCAAUUUCAGGAACUGAUGGUCCACUACAAGAUAAUGUUGCACAUGUGCCUCAGCCUUUUGUCGAAUACUAUUCCUCGAAAUAUCUUAUUGUGAAUAGCAAUCUAGGAUUAGAAAUAGAGCCCAAUAAUUCGGAAGAAUCAGCUGACGAUACAAUUAAAACUGUCCUCGCUACGGAAACAAAUCCUGAAAUUCGUGAGGCAAAAUACAUUCGCAAUCCAAUGUCAGAGUAUCACGCAAAACCAGCGACAAUAGCCGAUUAUGUGAAUUCAACAUGGAAACCGGAUGAAUAUUCAAAAACGAAUACAGCAAAAAUUGUGGAAUCGGAAAAAUUUGUUGAACCUUAUAAAAAAACGUCUGAUGAGAAAAUUUUAGAUAAUAAGGAUAUUACAAUUUAUAGGAUCAGUGAUGUUCCUCCCGUUCCACCGCCUUAUCAUAUUGCCGCGGCUUUCUCCAAAAAAGCCGCUUUUUUCCAACAACUUAAUCAAGCGUCAGUAUCCGAUACGUAUCAAACAUUCUCAUCACUGAAACUCUCACCAUCUAAGAAGGAUAAUUCCCAAAAUGAUAACAACGAUGAACUAUUUAUUGAUAAGACAAAAUUUGAUAAUGUCAAUUCAAACAAUGACAACGAGAAUUUAAAUGAAACAAAUGUAAAUUUCAAUGGGAAUGAAACAAAUGUCAAUGUUGAUGUUUGUGAUGGAAUAAAGUCACUUGAAUCGGAAAAUAAUCUCAACCAAUCGAUGAAGCAGAGUAAAAUUCCUGUUUUAAAAUUGAAAAAUGUCGAAAUAGGGAAUACAUUUGAUUCACGUGAAAACAAUUUCGAAUGUUCAACUAACAAUGAGAAAGUCAAACAGAUCAAUAUUACUUCAUUGUCGGCAUCGCCAAUUUGUCGGAAAAAAAUUCGUUCAUCAAUUACCAAUGAAAUCAAACAAUCAGAUCAAAUAAUAAAUAAUUCUAUUAAUGAAAAUACAUCAAACGAUAAUGGAAUUAUGGAAAAUUUAAAUCAAUCGGAAAAUAUGAAUUUUUUAAAUAGCGAACAAACAAUUUAUGAUACGUCGCUUAAUAAUUUUUAUAUGAAUUUAUCAAAAAAAGAUAAUGACGUACAAAAUGAGACGAAUUCCGGUAGAAGUACACCAUCUUCGAUAAAUGUUAAAUCAACUCUUAGCUCCGAUGGAAAACCAAAAUUUAAAUGGAUGUUUGGACCACACAAAAAUGCGAAUGUUUUGCCGGUUCGAUUGAAGAAAAAUCCAGGUUUAGGAUUUAGUAUAGCUGGAGGAAUUGCAGGAGCAGAGACGGGAAUUGUUGUGACAAAAGUAAAUCCAGAUGGUCCAGCACAAGGAACUUUACGUCCGGGGGAUAAAAUUUUAGAAGUCGAUGGAAUAGAUUUUACGAAAUCGGAUCACGAGACUGCUGUCGCUGUUUUACGAGCAACUGGUGCCAUUGUUUCCAUGAUGAUAAGUCGACAUCAAUAGAUUUCCCAAGUAACAAAAAUUUGGAUUACUAUAUAUAAAUAGACAUAUAUAUAUAUACUUAUAUAAAACCAUCCAACAAAAUGACAAGAUUUAAUUUUAAAAUUAAAACAAUGUCAUUUUGUCAAAAAUUCAGUUCAUGACAAAAAGAGAUCUGAAUUUAUUGUUAGGAUUUAUGAAUCUUACAUGUUUUUCUCAUCUGUGUUUCUUCAAAAUAAUAAUUUGAAGAAUUCGAUUUGAAAAUGAUUUAAAAAAAAAAUUGCAUAUCAAUAUGCAAAAGCUGUGCAGAUUGAAGGAUAUUUUUUGAAACAGAAACAAAAAAAAAAGAAAGGUAUUUUUAUAAUUUAAAACUAACUUAUAUAAUGUCGUGUAAACAAUUUUUUUUAUUAGUUGUAAUUGUUAUUAUAACCAGUGUUGAAAAAUUCAAUUAUUCGUCCAAAAUCACAACUUGUUGAUAUAUUCUCUCUGUGAGAGAAUCUUUUUUAAAAAAAAAUAUGAAGAAUGAAAGAAAUUCCGUUUUAAACGCACAUUCAUAUAAAUAAUAUAAAUUGUUUGUGAGUAAACGAAAUAUUUCUACUAAACUACGGUUAGUUGAAAAUUAAAAGAGAAUAUUCUUCUACUGAUAUGUAGUAAUUUUACAGAAUAACGUAGUUAUUGUUAUAAUAUCUGUUUUGAAAAAAUAGUCCUCUAUAGAAGAUCUUAAUAGGCAUAAUAUUUUUUUUUCAGUUUCUUUGCUCAAUAAUUUUUAAGUUUUAUUUAAUUUUGUUUACGUAAUUUUUGAUUUUUAUUUAAAUUUUCAUAAUUAAUAAUUUUAUUAAUCGUGACUCUACCAGUGAAUUAAAAUAUAAUUUAAAAAUCAAUAACAUUUUCUUUCGAUUGGAAUUUUUUCGAUUCUUAUAAAUGAUUAGGACAAUUUAAAAAAAAAAGUAAUCAAUCUCUAAAUUAAUUUUUAAAAACGAAUUAAUAUAGAUGUAAUUUUUAAAAUCCUUUUUUAAAAAAUGAAUUAUCCAAUGAUCAAGUGUAAUUUUUUUAAUUAAAUAUUAAAAUUAAUUUUAAAAAUUUAUUCCUUAAAUUAAUUAACAAAUUGAAUCAGAAACUUUUUAUUAAGAAAAAAAUGUGUGUAAAUUAUUUUUAAUCGGUAUAACAUUGGAAAUUAACUACAGUGUCUUCUUGUUCCUCUCUCUCUCUUUUUUAAAAAAAAUCAGGUCUUUCGAAUAUUUAUUUAGUUGGUUUAAUUGCAAGUCAGUUUAAUUUCAAUUUGCAUUCAAUGCCAUACCAGUUAAUUAUUAUGCAAAGAAAUUAAAGGCAGUAGUUGUUUUAUAUUUGAAUUUCAUGGACUACAAAUAUUUACAUAUUUCAAAUUGUAUUUGAUUCGUGUAUUUUUCACUUUUAACUAAAUGCUAAUUUACAUACAAGGAAAUCAAUUGAAACAAUCAUUAUAAAGAGUCGAAGAUUUAUUAAUUUUAU